GGCCGUCAGGACGGUCAGGUACGGGCAACUUGAAUUACCCACGUGCACCUAGAUAGUACUAUUGCCUUAUUACUUUUUCUUCCCGCUUCCCGCUUCCCGUUUCUCCUUCCCGCAGGGAUAUAAUGUACUAGGUAAUAACCACAAGGUUUACCGAAACGACGUCAUGAACCAUCCAAUGAAGAACUUCGAACACUGAACACUUGCAACUUGUAAACGAACAAGUACAAGUAACUUACCAUAAUACCCAACCAACCCCAACUUCAACCUUAAAGAAAAUAAAAGAAACACAGCCACGCCGCCUAAGUGAACGCCCAUCGUCGUUGUCCCGUCUGUCAAAUAUCGGCCAAAGGCUGUGCUGGCAAAUCAAUUCCUUUUCUACCUUCCCCACGCUCAUCGAUGCAGAGCAAAAAACAUCAUCAUGUCGUCCCAGGCUCACAAGGACCACGAAGCAGAAGUGCGAUCGUGGGGCUUUAACCAUGUCUUCACAUGGACUGAUGGCCCCAAUGCGCACUACCGGCCACAUUCCCACGCUGGCCUGACAACGCAUCUGAUCCUCGACGGCCAGCUCACCAUCACGUACCCCCAGGACCCCAGUCCCGGGAAGGAGACGUACACCGUCGGUGACCGCAUCGACGUCGGCGCCGGCCGCGUCCACGAAGUCUGGAUCGGCGGACAGGGCUGCACGUAUGUCAUUGGUGAAUGAACCUGGACUACAUUACAUACCUAGCUACUAGGAAGGCGA